UUUUUUGCAUUAUUCAAGGAGUCUGCAUUCAGUUAUCCUCAAUAACCAUAGACUUUUUACCAAAUUUAAGAUCAAGGGUUGCACUCAGAUGGUUGGUUUGAACUUCGUGUGGAUCCUAGAGUGGCUCCUUAUACUUCUUAACCAUUUGGUCCGAAAAAAAAUCAGAAAAAAUCAACAGUUCAUGAGCUUUCAAGUCAACAAUGAAGAACCUUCGAGGCGCAAAAUGCGUUAAAGGAGCAAGUUUGUGCCAAAUUAUUUUUACCAUAUCUUUUUGCCACGUCAAUAUCUCAAACACACGUUAACUUAAAAAUCUAUCAAAAAUAGGCAAGAUAGUCCUUUUCAUAACCAACAACACGCUACUAAAGUUUUGCAUAUCCGAGCUCUAUUAACGUAGCUAUCACCGAAAUAAAGUUCCCGGAUACUAAAUGAUCAUAGCCUUAUUUUCGAGUUUUCCCCUGAUACUAGAUUUUAAAUUGUUUUUGAGCCACCCUAUUUUCACGUAUCUUGCACGAACGAUUCCGGUACCUUUUGGCAAGCAGGCAGGAGAGACACGAUCGGAUCCCGCCUCACGAGACAAUCACCACAGAUGUGACAAAUACGACCACGACAGCCGGUCAGAUCGGUUGGUGGAAAAUCUGUAGGAACACACGAAACGAGGAAAAAAAAACAGUUCAAGCACGAUCCGUGAAGUGCAACCGUGUCGCCGCGUCGUGUUGUCAUUGGACCGGCGGCGGUGUGCGAUCAUCUAGCUAGGCAACGCUCACGGUGAACCAGAAGAAGUCCCAGUCUUGCCGUGAAUUCCGCCGUCGUUAAACGUGUGUUCCCUGUGCGUCGGGAUAUUGUCACUAGAGUCGAGUUCUAUCUGAUCGGCGGAAAAAGUUGUGAAACGUGAUCACGACCUUUCCGUCUGGGCGGGGGUGCCGUGCAAAAUCCGCCGUUUGGGUCAACGAGAUGCGAAGUGACGUUGCCGAGCCUAGUGCUGCUGGUGUUUUGAUUGGCGGUGGUGAUCAGCGAACCAUGACCAAGUUCAACAGGAAUUUCGGUGGCAACAUUGGGAUGAACGCAGGCAAUCGGAACAAGUUCUUCGGUGCUUCCUCGUGUGCUGAUUCUAAGCCCGGAUACGAGUUUGACCAUAAAGGUGCAAUGGGAAGUGUUGUGGAUUUCGGUGGAGCAAGCGGGGGUGGUUUUUUCGGCUGUGGAUUUGGAACGAGUGCCAGUGCGUUGGGUCAGGGAUUAAGUGCAGAACAGAAGCUCAAACUGAACAUCCAGCAGUUGCAAAUUCGACAGAGACAACUGCAACUUCACAGUACCAACAGUAGCAACAGUAGCAUUAUCAACGAGGACGACGAUGACGAUGACGAUUUCGACGAUAACAGUGCCAGUUCAGCGGAAGAGCACGUGCUAGCCCCGGCGGCAGGGUGUAUGGCUAGUCCGAAUCGGCCCUGUCUGGCCUGGGCCUGUAAGGCUUGCAAAAAGAAAAGUGUUGCUGUUGAUCGACGGAAAGCUGCCACCCUCAGAGAAAGGAGACGGUUAAGGAAGGUGAAUGAAGCCUUCGAAGUCCUGAAGCGACGAACAAGUACAAAUCCCAACCAACGGUUACCGAAGGUGGAAAUACUGCGGAACGCCAUCGAGUACAUCGACAGUUUGCAAGCUUUGCUUGAGGAAACUCCACCCAUCCGCCAAAGUCCGGACAUUCUAACCGAUGGAAGUUCGGUAUCCGGCUUUUCGUCACCCCAGGAUUACGUGAAUUGUUGUUCCAACAGCUACCUCCGGGAGCGACUGCAUCAGCUCAGCAAGGACAGCGACCGGUACUCGCCAAUCACAGGUAAGAUUCUCGUGGGUACUCGCACUUCGGUGAAUCACGUUGAGCAUUUCGUUCGAGUGGUCCUAAAUCACUUUCAUAUUCCGGCAAGGCAUUUGCACGAACGAGCAAAACAGAUCGCUUGACUGGGAUUCCCCAGGAACGAUUCGGCGCUAAAUUAGGAAAAACGUCC